ACAAGGGAAAUAACAUCAGAUAACGAGAUAAACCGAAAAUAUUGUAAUGAAAAUAAAUGUAAAUUUUUGUUCGCAUAUCAUGUCGUAGAGCAAGAAACUCAAUCCAACAGACAUUUUAUCUCUUUCAUACAAAUUGCACAACAACUAGACCGCAUAGUGGUGUUGACCAAUGUUGGAGGAUCAGGCAUAUCUUCACACAAAAAUUUCUCUUUCGACUUUUAUUAUGAUGUUGAUGAGCUAAGCAAAAAAUUCCCGAAAGUUAAAUUUAUUUCACAAUACAAAUUUCAAAAGUGGGCCACAGAACGAUACGAUAAACCAGAUAUUAUACAUGUGUUUCUUAGUAAUUCCGUAUCUAAUCCAAAUUACACAAUUCAAAAUGAAGCCCCAUACUUUGAUAGACUUUUAAAAGAUUAUAAAAUGGAUAAAUUUGAUUUGAAAUUGAAUAAUUCAGCAACAUUUAAGCGAAUAAAUAUCGGUAUUACCGCCAACGAUUCAAGAAAUGGACAGGAAAAUCAUGAACUAAAAAAAUUUUUAGCAACUGAAUUAGAAAGUAAUGCUGAAGUUAUGCUUAUAACGCACGAAAUAAUACGUGGUCCAAUAUUUGAAAGACUCACUCCGAUUUCAUAUGCAAGUCAUGUAACCAAUGCGGCUUUAAACCUUUCAAAAAAAUUAAAACCGUACAUUGCAAUUCAUUGGCGUAUGGAACGUGGUCAAACAAAUUUUAUGCCAAAAUGCGCUGAAAGUCUUGUGACUUAUAUAAGAAAUCUUUCAUUAACGACUGGAAUUAAAAACAUUUAUUUAGCUACAGAUUAUCCACUUGUUAGACGUAAUAAAGCACAGUCACGUACAUUUCACAGCAUAGGCGAAAAACACCAUAAAGCAAUGAAAAUUUUAAAUUCAUCAUUUAAUGUAAAUACUUGGGUAUCAACAAGCGCCUUAGAUUAUCUUCAAUUGUAUCCUAUAAAAAGUGAAAAAAUGCAAAGCGAACUUCGUGGUGGUGGUAUUCAAGGAAUCUUUGAUAAAUUGAUUUUGAUGAAAGCUGAUUAUUUUAUAGCCGGUCCUGAAGAAUGUUGUAGAUUUAAUAGUACCUAUACAUACCAAGUAAUGGAGGCAAGACAGGAAUUGUUUGAAAACAAUGGAAUAAUUAAAAACAUUAUUGAUCGCUGGGAGCUAUAG